AUGGCCCAUACGAUAAAGUCCAUCAUCACGCCUACGCUUUUGCGCGACAUCCAAGACUUCUGGUUCCUCAACUUCACCGCCGAAGCACGCAUUGUUUCCGGCCCCGAAAACGUCAAGAGGUGGUUCAUGGGUGGCGAAGCCCUAGACAAAGCAUGCGCUGAAAAGUUCUUACCGUCGCUCGAAGCCCUCCGAAAAACAGGCGUCACAUCCGGCACCGAGAUUCUCGACGCCAUCGAGCCAUCACAGCCAUGCGACUGGAUGAGCCUCCUCAUUCUUUUGGAUCAAAUCCCGCGAAACUGCUACCGCGGCACCUCCUCGUCCGUCGUUUUCAACGAAUUCGACCCCCUGGCGCGGCAGGUUGCGCGCGCAGCUAUCGCGAGAGGGAUUCCGGAUCAGGAUGCAGAGAUUCGAUGGCAAUUUUCGUACCGGAACUGGUUCUACAUGCCACUGAUGCACUCGGAGGACUUGACGGAUCACGAACAGGCUCUUGAGGGGUUUAAAAAGAUUGUGCGGGAUGUUGAGUCGUUGACGGAGCAGCAGACGACAGAGGGUGCGUACCAUGCCAAGGCGAGGGAGGUGGUGCUGGGAGAUGUUGAGGCGGCGAGGAAGAUGGCCAAGAUGAACUUGGACUUUGAGCAGCUACAUUAUGAUAUUAUUGAGCGGUUUGGGAGGUAUCCGCAUAGGAAUAAGGCGUUGGGGAGGGAGGCGACGGGUGAGGAGACGGAGUAUUUGGAGAAUGGGGGACACACAUUUGGGUGA